AUGCCUCCCAAAAGUACUGUAAGGAUGGUUGUGGGCUCCAGUUGGGUCAAUAAACUGCCAAAGAUCAAGCAACAUCAUCAUAAUACACGAUUGGAUUCUCAGCAAAUUACACAAUCUCAUUCUUGGCAAAGAACACAAUGCAUUGCUUGCGCAGCCAGUGUACCGUUUCUUAUGGAUGAUAUUGAUUCAGCAAGAGCUCCAGAGUCAACAAUUCAAAUUCCCCAACUCUUGUUGAGUACACUUGCUUCCAUGAGUCCAAGCACCUACUGCAGCCUUCAUCCAAUUGCAACUGUUUGCACAGUUCAACAGAAGAAACAAGCAGCAAGACACCCACUACAAUUGGGAGUGCAUUUUGUGGAUUUAAACAAUACUAGGCUUAGCAACAUGGAACAGGAACGAGCUGCAAAAGGAACCCCGGAUAACACACAGGGGAACAAGUUGUGCAAGGAACCACAAUCACAUUUUGAACCAGAUUGUAGUCAAGCCAAAGCAAGAUGUCCACCAUGGUACCAAGUCACAUGGUGUCUCGAAUUGCAUGUCAUUGAUUCCUUUGAUCAGAUCAAAAUCUUGCAAACAGCUAAGCUGAGUAUUGGCACCGAAGUGCUCUCUAGAGAUCCUAUUAAAUCUCCAAAUCAGCACCCAGCCAAUCAAGGAGGCGGUGGUAGACAAGGUGGCAAUGAAGGAGGCAACGGGGGAGAGAAGUAUAAGAAAACAGAAGAGUGGACAAGAGAAAGGACAAAGAUGGUGCAGGCACUGGGGAAGAAGAUGGUCACAGGAGGAGUGACGGGGGAGAGAGGAAACAUACCAGAUGAACCUGUCUCAGAAGGGACCGUAAACUCACAAGACAGAGAGUGA